AUGCCCUUGCUUUUCAGGCAAACACAGAAAAAAUCUACUUCUCCAGUAACCUGUACUGUGAAUCCGAUUAUUCAUUAUGCUUCUUGUAAUUCAUAUGUUUACCGACCAAUUAAUUCACCUCUGUUGGGGGUCGAUUUUGAUACCAAUCAGCGAACUUUUACAAAUCAGACUGAUGGACAUAUAACCAAUCAGCGGUUUGUAGAAUCACCAUUAUCAUCCUACAUGUGCGACCAUCCAGGAUAUAUUUGUGGUUGUACAGUUCAAAGAACAAAUUAUGGAUCACACUAUCAGUUGCAUAGUAAUGUACAAGCGCAAUUAGACGGAUGGAUUGAACUUCGUUGUCCAUUGUCUUUUUUAGGUUGUAAAUAUGCUGUAGUUAAUCUUCGUCCUAAUAGUGAAUAUAAUCAUUUACUGUAUAAUCCAACUCUUGCUACAUUUACAACGCGGUAUGAAUCAGAAACUAAUCAACAUAAUAUACUUACUCAUCAUUCAGAAUUAACAAAUAGUGAAUGUUUUAAUUUUGAUCAGUUGCCUGCAGAACUUUUAAUUUAUUUAUCUUUUUUCUUAGAUGACAUGUCUUUACUUUGUUUAUCUAAAGUUUCUAACCGAUUAUCUACCGUAUAUAAAAAUAUUCUUUGUGCAAGGUUAAUUGUCACACCACAAUGGGAUAAAGUUCAUCACAGAUCGUCAGAUUUAUUCUCUUGGCGUAUUACAGGAUUUUUGUGGUCUUUUCCACAUCGUGCUGAAUCUAUCAAAGGAUGGAGAUCUGCACAUGGUGCAUCAGCUAGAUCAAAGAUUUCAGCUCAUUUAACCAGUUGUCAUUAUAACGACAAAACCAUACGUGUAUUUCCAUUUUGUUAUUUGGAAUGAAUAAUGACUUGGAUAACAAAAUAAUAGGUUUAUUAGCAUGGCAUCUUUAACUCAAUCUACUUCCUUACUACCAUAAUAGGUAGUACAAUCGCUCAUUUGUGAAAUAUCUAAAGUAAUACUACACAAUUAUACAUAACCAAACUAGAUUACUUCUAAUCAUUCGAAUGUCUUAUGCUGUCUUCUUUCUGAAUCGUACUAAAAUAACCAUCAACUAUCCUAUUCACUAUUAAACUCCUUUGGAUAAAUAAGUGAUUCUCUUAAGUACUAUCUACUUUCCAACACACACACAUAGCAUGUCAUUAUUAUGUGAUGAUGAGCAGUAUAAGACUACGUUUUUUGAAAAAUCAUUGACUUAUAGAUGUUUUCAUCGAACUAUUUUUUUGUUUCACUUAUGUUUAAGUUGUAUUACGUACAAUAAAGUACCUGUAUAAAUCCUUGUAUGUAUAUACAUAUUUAUUUGCACGUUUAGAAUGUAAUAUAUCAUUCAUUAUCCAAAGUUAUUUACCUGGAAAUUAAACUUAUUUACUUUUGUAGGAUACUUGAUAGAUAUAAUAUCAUCAACACUAAACGUCAACAUAUACUGACCAGUCUGGUAUUUGCUCCAGUCAUAAGAUUACUUUGUCCUUCAACAAUCCGGUGUUUAUAUCGUCAGUUGUACCUGAGUCAUGUUUGAACUGACCAACAUUCCUGCUACUACUUAUACCCAACCACUGCCUACCGCAAAGGGCGAUUUUUUCUGGUGUAAGAGUAGGCUGGAAGAAUUCUAGGGGUGGUCAGACCAAAAUAUGGCAUCAGUCGAUGAAGUCAUUGACAGUUGGGCUGAGUUAUAUCAACAAGUGUAGACUUCCUGGUCGGGGUCUGCGUGGUUAUCUUAACCUAUGGUUAGAGACUUUGAAUAACAUGGCUCAAA